AUGUUCGCCGUGGUUCUGUUAGCUUUGGUCGCUCAAGCUUUUGCUGGGGAGUAUAUUGACGCGAGAUGUCCAGUUGUGCGUCCGACCGACAAUUUUGACUACGCCUCUUUUUCAAGAGGAGUAUGGUAUGAGGUAGGCAGGUAUGACAACAGAAAAGAAAAGGGUACCGAGUGCAGUUACUCUGUAUACACCCCGAUGGGUGACCGCUUUAAGAUUGAGAAUAUUGGAUUGAGACACAAUAAAAAAUAUGAAGUUGAUGGAUAUGGAAGAAUGGCUCCGGACGCAGGCAACACAGGAAAACUCAUCUUCACGCUGCCAUAUGGAAAACUCUCCUGGAUCGUGUCAAGAACAAAGACUCUGAGAUCUGACUUCAAAGCUUUAAUUGACAGAUAUUUACUGGAAUCAAAGGUGUUAGACCUCAGCAAGUACAUUUUCCCUGACUUCUCUGAUGAUGUGUGUCGUAUCGACUUCUAA